GUUGAGGGCGUGCUUACCGGCGAUUUUGGUGCGCGAACAUGAUAAUGAAUAAUUGAUACGAUGAAGCUUUUGAAGUCUAUGCCUAAAUAAAUAAAUAAUACAUCAUCAUCAUACAUGUAAUUGACGUGUCAAGAACAUGCUCAUGGCUGGCAUAAUUACCGCGAAAUGAACUGUUUGACUUAGAUGCGUAUGAAGAGUCGAGAAGAUGUUCUUGAUAUGUGCAUCAAAUGCCAUGGGAUGCGAAGCCCGGUCACUGUGCACUGCUGAGAUGACAUCAUCACAUCAAUGAAGAGUUAGCAGAAUGCAUCUUUCACAGGUAGCUGUGAUGUCAUGGAUGAUGCCAGCAAUAUGGCUUGUAGUGGCGGUAGGGUUGGUAUCGACAAAUCUGACAUCCUCAACAGUGGGAUUACUUGAGGUUUCUGCAUUUAGCAGCGUGAUUACCCAAUCCAAGUCAGAUCUCAUCAUGAGUUCUCACCAAUCGGACUUCAUCCAAUCAACACAAGGUUUGUCGCCCUCGCAAGCCAGCGCUUCAUCCGCUAUGGUUGCCAUUAGCAACGCAUCUGCCUUGCCAUCUGUAACCUCAUUUGCUUUACUUCAUUCUGCUAAUCACUCAACGCCAUCAUUUACACUUGGGUUAACAUCUGGGCCAAUGGGAAGGCAGCUUGCAUCAUCAUUGCUCUCAAAUCCACCAAUGGAAACACAGGUGUCAUCCAUGCUUUCAGACCAGCCAAUAAGAACACAGCUUUCAUUCUUAUCAGUUUCAUCCCCACCAAUGGAAACAGUUGUUUUACAGCAAGAUGAACAAAUAUCGCUCAUUUCCAUGAGUACCUCCCUUGUUCAGUCAGCGUCUGAUCAAAGUUUAGACUUAUUUCAGGUAUCAAAUAUAGUCACAGCUGAUCUGGGAAGUUAUGUUGUUGAAACAGCCAGUAGUGUUUUACAGCAUUUUCAAAUGUUCACAAGUCCCCCAAACUCUCUUCUUGAAGUCAAGACUACACAAGUUCCUGUAUCUGGGUCUGUGAUACCUUCUCCGAGUGAACCAUUGCUGUUUUCUAGUGUUCAUGAUUCGGCAACAAACAGACCUACUGCAUCAAGUGUCUACACCUCUGAACAAAUCCUGCCAAGUUUUGACGUGUAUACAGAAUCAGUACCGUUCUCUUCAGCCACUUUAGGUUGGUCAUACCAAGUGAGCAUGUCAGAAAUGACGAGUUUGUACAAAAAGACACCAAGUCUUAUCUAUGGCAACGGAAUGUCAUCAAAACUGGAGAACACUUUCCCUGUAUCCAUAGACGUCUCGGUGAAUCUUGCUGCACUGUCUGAAGAAUACCCUCUACACACCAGCUAUUCAGGUUUCGUCGCCAUGGAAAUGUCAGCCUCAACGCAUGCAGUUCUGAGGGAUUCUUUAUCAGUUGAUGGAGAUCCGUUAUUCCACAGCAGCCAUCUUGAAUCCGAUCAUCAGAGCACCGAGGCUGUCACCAUAGUAACACCAUCAUCAUCAAUGACUUUUCCAAGUAAAUUGUCAUCCAAUCUUUUAGAAACUGCCCAGCCAACUGAUGAUGUGGUUGCCAAGGUAACAACGUACCGAAUGCCCUUGACAACAAGUCUCGCCACAGAACAAAUGACUGAAGUAGCGCCGUAUCCGACAUCUGGUCCAGGUACCGUGAGCACUUUGAACAAAAUCAGUGUAAUUGGUAGCAACUCGAUCAGUGUCAGCACAUCUCUGCAUGAAAUACAAUCACCCACCGCCAACAAUCAAUGCACAAAUUCUCUGAACUUAUAUUCUGAUCUAAACUCAAAAUUUCUUGCAAGUCAGUUAUUGGCUGCAGCUUCAACUUUGAAUGAAGAUUAUUCUUUAGCUAUGCAAGCAUCACAACCUUCUCCGUCUUCACCUCCGAGCCAACAAAUGCUCAUUCCCAGUUCCUUUGCUGGACUGCAACUGUCAAGUACUUUCCUGUUUACACCGACCGCUGUUUCACAUUCAUUGCAUGGAGAUCAAAUGCUACUCUCAUCCAUGUUUGAUGGACUUUCACCAUCAAGUCAGAUCUUCUCUUCAGCUAAACAGUCUCCUCAAACUUCUUCGCUUUAUUCCCACUUUAGCCUAUUGCCAGCUUCUGGCACCUUCGAUGGUAGUAUGCUCAGCACAUUCUUGCCCUCAGCGGAAGCUCUGUAUCCUACUUCUUCGCUUUCAUCAUCUGCAAAUCAAACACCAGCCAUCUCCAGUAAAUUGGCUGAAUUUCCAUCAUCGAAUCAAACUUCACUACGUAGUCCGUCGCUUGGGCUGACUCCGAGCUACAUUCCUAUAUUUUCCAGCUGGGUUGAUGGACUGUCAACUACGGAUUUUAGUUUAUCCACAAAAAGUCCACAAAUUUCAAGUUCUGUGUUGUAUUCAUUGAUUUCAAGCCCAUUGCCUGCUGUGUCUUCUGUAACUGGGCUUGUACACACGUAUAGUGUGAAUUUUAGUUCAUCAACUAAAACUCCACAACUGACUGCUUCGCUUUCAUUGCUUACAAGCCCACUGCCAUCAAUGUCUAGUAUGAGUGAUAGACAAUCAGCUGAGUAUUUUAGUUCAUCAACUAAAACUCCGCAACUAACUGCUUCGCUUUAUGCAAGCCCUCUGUCACCUAUGUCAAGUGUGACUAGUGGACUAUCAGCUGAGGAUUUUAGUUCAACUAAAACUCCACAACUGACUGCUUCACUUUCAAUGCUUACAAGCCCAAUGCCAUCAAUGUCUAGUAUGAGUGAUAGACUGUCAGCUGAGGAUUUUAGUUCAUCAACUAAAACUCUGCAACUAACUGCUUCGCUUUCAUUGCUUGCCAGCCCACUGCCAUCAAUGUCUAGUAUGAAUGACAGACUAUCAGCUGAGGAUUUUAGUUCAACUAAAACUCCGCAACUAAUUGCUUCGCUUUCAUUGCUUACCAGCCCACUGCCAUCAAUGUCUAGUAUGAGUGAUAGACUAUCAGCUGAGGAUUUUAGUUCAUCAACUAAAACUCUGCAACUAACUGCUUCACUUCAUGCAAACCCUCUGUCACCUAUGUCAAGUAUGACUAGUGGACUAUCAGCUGAGGAUUUUAGUUCAUCAACUAAAACUCCGCAACUAACUUCUUCGCUUUCAUUGCAUGCAAGCCCUCUGUCACCUAUGUCAAGUCUGACUAGUGGACUAUCUGCUGAGGAUUUUAGUUCAUCAACUAAAACUCCACAACUAACUGCUUUGCCUUCAUUGCAUGCAAGCCCACUGCCAGCAUUUUCUACUGCCAUUGCCAGUUAUUCUAGUAAGUCACUUCAACUGAUGUCACAAACAGAACCAUAUCAACCGUCAAGUCGAAGACUCCUAGCUGUAACAACAGCAACAGUUGCCAUGACAACCAGCUCAACGUACCCAACAUUGGAUCAGUCAUUCUCCACAAAUUUAUACUGGCUGAAAGUAGAUGUUACUAUUUCAGAGGACGUCGAUGUCAAAGAGAGAGGUUUCAUCACCGCCAUGGAGACCAGUAUUGCCAGGGCUUACUCUGAGGGGAAGGCCCGUAAGGAUGAACGUGCCACGGCCGUUCAAGAUCUGCUGGAAAAACUCAACCCUGAUAACGAUCCUCUGCUGAGUGUACGAAGGAAAAGGGCCGUUACGAUCGAUGGCAACACAGCACAGGUGAUUGACCUAUCACGUGAUGUCAACUAUCCAACCAACGUCGUUUUAGUGUUCUACAUAGCAGAGGGAGAUACCAGUAUUCCAGCAGGGGAGUCCAAGGCAAUAUUCAGUGAAUUGACCCUCCAAGAGAUGACAUUUUACCUCCAAGUAGUGGUCAAAUCUUAUCCAACUGAGUUUCUUGAGGUCGUCGUCGUAGCAACGACCUCGCCCCCUGACCUGACCCCCCUAUGGAUUGUCUUGGGUGUCUUUGGUGGUCUUGCGUUGCUGUGUACGGGAUGCUGCUGCUGUUUCGUGCUGUGUCGUAUCUGUUGUCGUCCGCGACCCAAAUCAGCCCGCGAUGGCCCCAUGGAUAUGGAUACAUUGAAGAUGCUUCAACAUAAGCAGAAGUACCCCUACAGGCCCUACAAGACGCCCAAUCAGACACCCCGGGGAUUUGAUGUUGCCAAGGAAACAGGCAGUACCAAAGAUGGAGGCGUUGCUAAGGAACCCAGCGGCAGUGGUUCCGGAUUCAGAUUACAGAGUAGUGGGACUGGAUCAAUACUCAAGAAGCAAUUCAAUGCCGUCAAUACUGCAAGGUUGGAUGUUGACGCAUACUCCUCAUCCUCUUCCUCUGAGCUCAGUCUCCAUGGUAACGACCUCACAGUGCCCCCUCUAGAGUUGAACUCCGUCAAUGAGCGUACUUUUAAGAAGACAACACUAGUGAAUGAGGAGGAUGCAUUCCAUCAGGCCGCAUCAUCACUAGAACUGAAUGCCAGCGGGAGAAGUCAUCUGUCCAAUGGAAGAUUGCUACCUCUCAGACCACAAAAAGGUCAUAGUGGUGAUGAUUGGAACCUUAAAUCAGGACGUUCAACAGGACGCUCAUCAAGCAGAGACUCACCUCGCUCACUCUCCACAUCUCGUGAGGCAGAGGAGUUGAAACGAAUCUACCGUGAAGCACAGCGAGAGAUCUCACGAGUCUUGGAACCAGACAUUAUACCUGACCAAUCAGAUCGGACGUAUGUUGCACCUGAUAGACAGCCAAAAUCACGAGGCAAGGCAAGUAAACGCGGAAGAAAGACCGAGGUACAAGAAACGGCUUUUGGAAGGUUGCCAUCUGAUCCAGCACUCCCAGAUGCUCACUCUGCAAAAAGAGCGACCAAAAAACAGACUUCCGGGCAGAAACGACCUGAAGCUCUCCAAGAGGCAAGAAGACGAGUUCAUAAUCUGAUCGACGAAGCCUUCUCAUUGGUCGGUUUACCAAAGAAUGCUAUCUCUCCAGUCAUACCCCUAGCAACCAAUGCCCCGCCCAUAGCAACAGAUCAAGAGGAACGAACCAAUAACACCAAAGAUAAUCAGACUUUAUUUCAGAGGAAAAUAUCGGAAUCUGUGACCAGUUCAGCUGCUGAUAUCAAAGGCAGAGAGUUUGGUUCGUCACCAGCAGAGAUCGGCAGGAGUCAUCAUGGGAAGGAUGCAGACGAGAAAACAACAAGAGUUGUGUUAGUCCCUGUAUCCCAUCAAGCAGAUGCAGCAGCUAACAUCGUCUGGAAUCCAUACAGUGCUGAAGACGAAUGGGCUCAGCUUCACCAGUCACAACAAUUGACCUCAGUUCCUGGAGGUGUAGAGGAUACUCACCAUCCACAUCAAGCUGCUCAUCAUCUGACGAUGCCUCAUCCUGUCAGUAUCCCUGAAACCUCCAGGGAGCAACGGAUUAAAGGAUUAACAUCCUCUCAGCAAACUGACAAUGAGAAGAAACGUGUAACAAGCCAAGGGAAGCUGUCAAAUAGCCAAGAAGACCUGAUGCAGGGAAGACCAUCAACCAGCAUGAGAAGGUCAUCAACUAGCUCAAGAAGGCUGUCAACUGAUUCAGACAUUCCAAAGCUACGGAACACUGCUCCAGAUGAUCCAUAUUUGGACCCAUACCUCAAGAGCAGUUUGAAUGAUGAACUGAUUGGCACCUAUACCUUGUCUCCACGCUCAGAUGAUCCCACUGCACCACAGGAAGACCCAUAUGCAAUGGCACUUUUAAGAUCUGACAGAGAACCUCAGUCUCCGAAACCAGACUCUGGCAGAGGUGACAUGUUGUCCACAUUGUCCAAGGAGCGUGGUGUAGGGAAGCCAGUUGCUGAUGGGUAUGAUGAGUUUGAUGUUAGUAGAGAUGUUGCUGGCAGAGAUAAGUCAGGUCAGCUUGUAGCAGCUAUCAGAGAUGAGUUAGUCAGACUUGCUAAGAAAAGUGGACAACAUGGAAGUGGUGUUUAAGUCUCGAAAUCCGGAUUAUAAAAAUGGAAAGCAAGUACAUUUAAUUCCCUUUUGUCAUGUUUGUAUCUAACCCUCCAGGGUAUAUUGGCCAGAAACCCUGCUAAACACAGCAACAUGCAACACUUGUCUCAAUGACAAGCCUGCCCAGUGUAGCUAGAUUUAUCAGGCCAAUAGUCUCAGAGUCCGUGGUC